AUGAGCUUUUUAUACCAAUUGGUGGUUAUACUCUCUGCUAUUGUCAACUUCUUCAGCCGCACUAAGUGGCAGGAGAAGGCGGAACACAAGAAGACGCGAGUCCGGAGUCUUAUUCCCAAAGAAUGGAUUUUGAAUCCGGAGUUUUUUCCAAGAGAUAAGGAUGCUUGUGUAGUUGAUAUUCCAGAAAAAUGCGGGAUUUUAUCGAGGAAAGAGCUGGAUAUUACAGAGAACUGCAAUGCAAAAGACCUGGCGGCUAAGAUCAGCACUGGCUCUUUGACGGCUCUGGAAGUGACCACGGCGUUUGCAAAAGAGCAGCAAUUGCAACUCAACUGA